CACAGUCCCACGGUGGAGCCAAUGCUGGUCUGGCUUCACGGAGUUGGAAGAGAGCCCUACGAGCGGCUAAAUGGCUCCUGCUUGACUCGGAAUUGGCUUUUCUUCUGCGCCAUGCGCCUGUGAACUGGGUUUGUCUCCUGAUGUGAACAAAGAGCUUGUGUGUGACCUGGCCGUAAAGCCAGUGAGUGGUUCUCCACCCUCAGCUGUCUGACAGGCUUUCAGGGCGGCUUCGUGGCUCUCGUGCUAUCAUCACCUCCCAGGAUCCUCAGCAUGGUACAGCUGCAAACCACUUCACAUCUGCCGUGUCUCAUCUGGGUCAAAAAAGCAACUCAAGCAGCAACAAGGUGACAGAUUUGUCCCUCCGCUGAGGGAGGUUGCAAGGUCUGUCUAGAUGAAUCGAUACCCUGCAAAAAUGCUGAUUUCUGGCAAAGCUAAGUAUUGGCCCACAAUAUCUGCAGAAUUUAUCAGAUAUGACAAGACUUCCAGCAGCUUCACCCUGAGGCAGCGGGAAAGCUGUCUGAAAACUGGGCUGCUAUUGGUGACAGAAUCCUUUCGUAUGCCCAGCCAGAGGGAAACUGCCCUGAGUGCUAAAUGACAUGACACUAGUUUCGGUUGCUGUUCUCAAGGAUACUGAUGCCAGCGGUUUUCGCCAUUACUGGAUUCACCAAGCCUGACGACUUCCCCCGACAAUACCAUGUUUCUCUGUGAGAGGGAAAUGUGCUCCACUUGAUAAGACCUUCACAGAGACUGAAACGCUUUCAGACGACUUCAAGGGGAUGACUGGGUUGACAUAAAAAGAACCACAAAGCGUGCUCAUAUACACAGUGAGCAUCAGCACAGUGGUCAGUCUGUGUUCUACCAGUGAUAGAGUGCCUGAUGGAGUGGAAACUACAAACACAAACCUCUGUACUUCACUACAGAGUAAAACAGGACAUACACUGAAAAAGAAGGAGGCGGACGCAGAGACAGAGCAUCCAAACCCUGAAGGCAGCUCUCAUCACUCAAAAGCUGACAUCGAUAUAGACAGUAACCUUUUGACAAAGCACCUCGACGGGCUCCCCAGUGUGGUUUCCAGUGCCUCACUCAGAAUUGAUCUGAAACUUCUCCUGGGUUCAGCUGCCACGGUCUCUCGAGGGAGUUGACUGACUGAUUGCUGGACACGAGGGAGAAGCACAGACGGAAUCCUCUUAACCGGGUAAUCUCUGCAACCAUCUGCUGUUACAGUCAUCCACCACACCCAGCCUCCACCAAUAUGCCAUUUCCCAGCUAGUUUGUCAAGCAGCACAAGUAAAGACCAUGCUGCUGUCUCCUCAGGCAGAGAGGAACUGGCAGGAUCUGUGUUCAGUGCUUGAAGAUGUGUUGGAGGACCAGUCCCACAGGCAGCUGUUUGCCUUAGAGCUGGGCUCUGGAACCGGGCAGCAUGUAAUACGCUUUGCCCAGAAGAUGCCCUUUGUCACCUGGCAACCAUCGGACAUCAAAGAGGAGUCUCGGGACAGUAUCAAGGCAUACAUUGCUGCAACCCAUGCAAAGACAAUACUGCAACCUAUCCACCUGGAUGCCAGUGAAACGUGGGAGAAAUGGGCAGGCCUUCCUCGCAACUCGUGUGAUGUUAUUAUUGCUAUUAACUUACUGCAGUACAGCUCCUUCAAAACAGCACAGGGUGUUUUCAAUGGAGCGGGUCAGAUGCUCCGACAAAAUGGUCUUUUGAUAACAUAUGGGGUGUAUGCUAUCAAUGGCACCAUUACACCAAGUUGUAAUGAACAACUGGACGCAGAGCUUCGAAACUUGAAUCCUGAGUGGGGUCUCCCAGACAUGGAUGUACUGAGGCAGCUGGCCUAUGGGAACGGGAUGCGUAUGGAGAGGAUAGUUGAGAUGGAAGAAUACUACAAAUGCCUCAUCUUCAGAAAACUUUAAAAAUGCCAAACUGCGCAACUGAGUUUUAAAAAUGUUCUUAUUUGUACUGUAAAGCCCAAUUUAAAUGAAACACUAAAUUUCC